GAAUGUCUCCGCCCUCACAUAAAGCAGCACACUCCAUCCCACCUCACACUCUGACUCGGCUGGCACGGGAGUGGCUGGCAGAGGACACACCAAACUUUGACCUGGCAGGAAUGUGUGUGGGCUCACUGGAGGUUGAGGCGAGGUUGCUGUGUAAAACACCACACAGCGUCCUGGCAGGGAGCCCCUUUUUCACAGCAGUGUUCACUGAGGUCGGCUGCACCGUGGACUGGAUUUACCAGGAGGGAGCUGAGAUUGAUGCCAUCACACUGACUGCUGUGGUGAGAGGCCCAGCAAGGUGCCUCCUCCUCGGGGAAAGGCCGGCUCUUAACUGCCUGGCCCGAGCCUCGGGGAUCGCCACCCGCUGUUCUCAGCUCCAGGCAAUGGCAACAACAGGAGGAUGGCAUGGCGAAGUGGCUGGCACACGCAAGACCACCCCAGGCUUCCGUCUGGUGGAAAAGUACGCAAUGCUGGUUGGCGGUGUGUCCAUGCACAGGCAAGACCUGAGUGGAAUGGUGAUGCUGAAGGACAACCAUGUCUGGGCUUCAGGAAGUAUCACACAGGCUGUGAAAGCUGCCCGGUCAGUGUGUGGCUUCAGCAGUAAGAUUGAGGUGGAGUGCCGCUCUGCAGAGGAGGGCAGAGAGGCGGCUGCCGCUGGAGCAGACAUUGUUAUGCUGGACAACUUUCAACCUCAGGAGCUCCAUGUUGCAGCUAAUGCACUGAAGGAGGAGUUCCCAUCACUACUGAUCGAGGCCAGUGGAGGAGUGGCUCUAGAGAACUUAGCUAUGUAUCUCUCUCCACAUGUAGACAUCAUUUCUCUGGGCUGCAUAACACAGGGCUGCCCAGUGGUGGACUUUUCUCUCAAGGUUCAAAAGCCUGUUGUUCACUCAAGCCUCGAAGAAUGA